AUGCAAACCAGGUCGCCUCACAUUCGUCCGCUUUCUCUUACCACCCCAGAGCAGACUCACACGGUGCUUGCAUCUACACCUAACAGCUCAAUCAAAUCCCAUGACCUCUGGUUCGAAGAUGGAACCCUCGUUAUUGCGUCGGAAAAUGUGCUUUUCCGCGUCUAUAGAGGUAUUCUGUCAGAAAACUCUCCCGUCUUUGCGGAUAUGGUCAAAUUUCCUCAACCACACCAUGUCGACGAGUUUGAAGGUUGUCCUGUAGUUCAACUGUAUGAUGCACCCAACGACGUGAUGCAUUUUUUGAAGGCGUUGCAUUGUGUUAGUUAUUUCGACGUUUAUAUGUCUCAAACCAUCAAAUGGGCUUGUUUUUCAGCUGUACUACGCCUCAGUACGAAGUAUCAAGUUGAACUCCUCCGACGGCGAGCCUAUACACUUCUGUCCAGCCUAUAUCCAACCUCUCUUGCAAAGUGGGACGCUCGCGAUUCUAUCACCAAUCUUGAAUCCUUCGAAGCACGUCCCUUUGCUGUUUAUUUACUUGCAAAAGAGGCCGAUUUGCCUACCAUUCUUCCCGCAGCUCUAUAUCUUUGUGCUGAUAGCCGAGAUAUAAAUUGCAUUCUCGAAGGCUUGGAUUCCUACGACAACUCACAUAUUGAGCUAGAUUGGGCGGAUAAAAAGGCCUGCAUCCGUGCCCGAGAGAUCCUCUGCAUUGCUCUACGCACCCGGAUGUUUGCUUUUCUGACCGGUCAAAUACCGUUCCCGGGAUGUCGAACCACAGCCAUGUGCAACAACACCAGAUUGAAGUGGUUACAGGGUGUUGAGGCAUCACUAGGUAGUGGCGUAUUCUCGGUAUCCUUCCCUUGGGAACAGUUCAGUGUAGGGAUAUGUGAAUACUGCUCUACCACGUCUCAAAACCAUUACAAUGCUGAGCGGCGCAAGAUUUGGGACGAACUCCCUGAGAUUUUCGGACUCCCUGCUUGGAAUCAGUUACACUCAGAAUAA